AUGUACUAGCCGGCAGACUGUGUCAAAAACUGAGGGUAGUACUGUGGCUACUCUUGUAGUUUGUCAUUCGCAUUCUCCGGUCUGUCAUGUUAGGAAGUGUGGAGCCACCGGUCUUACCCAACCUCACCUGACCUCAUCCGAAGACGAAGCUAACCGGAGAGAUUAUAUAUGUGACCAUCAGCCAGUGAAAGAGGAUUGCUUGCAGGACCCAGGAAGCAACGUGACGACUGGUGCGAGCCGCGGCCAUUGGCACGGUAAUAUUUUGGCAUGCCGUUUUCUAAUGAACUAUCAGAGUCUUGGGUUCAUACUGAUGAUCGGUGUCCACAACACACUCGCGAGAAAAAAGAGAGAGGAGAGAAGUCAGUAGGCGGUGAAGGUGCACAAGUUUGGGUUGAUAUCUCCCGGAUCGGCUCGUUGGCGCACUGCAGAGUUCUACGCGCUGAAAUCCAACAAGCAACCUCCUGUCUCUGUGACUCUGUCUUCCUUCCUCACCUCCUGGAUGGCGCCGCAACAGAAGGUGAUCUUGAAGGUCUCCUCUAUGAGUGAUGAGAAAGUGAAGCAGAAGGCGAUGGAAACUGUUGCGGAUAUCUACGGAAUCGAUUCGAUAGCCGCCGAUCACAAAGAUCAGAAGAUGACCGUAAUAGGUGAGAUGGACACUGUCACGAUCGCCAAGAAGUUGAAGAAGUUUGGGAAGAUCGAUAUCGUCUCAGUUGGGCCGGCCAAGGAAGAGAAGAAGGACGACAAGAAAGGGGGAAAUAAAUGAUCAAGCUUGGCCAGUUCAUCGCAUCGAUGCCCCUGCUUCUCCUUUUCAGGAUGAGCAAUUGAGCAUACUGUGCUUACAGUUUUGCUUCCUAGCGUGUACCUUAGACCCUGGCUGGUGUAUAUAUGCAGUCUCUCAUCUGGUUAUCUGCAGAUGUACUAGGCUAUAAGGGCUAUAAGAGUAAGAGUAUUUGUAAGUGUAUUUGUUCUAGGGACUGGAACAUACACUUUUUUAUAUGUUACACUGUACACAUGGUAUCCUGUUUAGAAUGUAGGAAUGUUUGUGUUAACGUCCGGCUCUUUUUUACAGGGUUAACGUCCGGCUUUACUUGGUUCA